GGGCCGAGGCGGUGCCGCGCGCGUGUCUGCGCGGGGAUGGCGCUGUGGCCGCCAAGCUUCCGGGGUCUCCGCGCGGGGGAGGGGCAGGAGCCGGACCUGCACCCGCCCAGCGCGCCCCGCCCGCCGGACCCGCAGCUAUAUGGCCAUGGGAUUGAAUUGGCUUGCCAAAAACAGAAGGAGUUUGUGAAGAGCUCUGUGGAAUGCAAGUGGAAUUUAGCAGAAGCCCAGCAGAAACUUGGUAGUUUAGCACUGCAUAACUCUGAGUCCUUGGAUCAGGAACAUGCCAAAGCACAGACUGAUGCUUCAGAAUUGAGACAGAGGGAGGAAGAAUGGAGACAGAAAGAAGAGGCCCUAAUACAGAGGGAAACACACAAUCUGUGGAACACAGAUUCUGUUAGCAAGGACGUAUUUAAUAAGAGUUUUAUUAAUCAAAAGAAAAGAAAAGAAAUAGAAGAUGAAGACAAAUCCAAAUCAUUCAUGCAGAAACAUGAACAAAAAAUUAGACAUUUUGGCAUGCUAAGCAGAUGGGAUGAUAGCCAGAGAUUUUUGUCUGACCAUCCAUACCUUGUAUGUGAAGAUACAGCUAAAUAUCUCAUCUUAUGGUGUUUUCACCUAGAAGCAGAACAGAAAAGAGCUCUCAUGGAACAAGUAGCACACCAAGCAGUUGUUAUGCAGUUUAUUAUAGAAAUGGCCAAAAGUUGUAAUGUGGAUCCCAGAGGCUGUUUUCGUCUAUUUUUCCAGAGAGCAAAAGCAGAAGAAGAAGGUUAUUUUGAGGCUUUUAAAAAUGAACUCGAAGGAUUUAAAUCAAGAGUGAAAAUCUCUUCACAAUCACAAAGUUUUCAGGCUAUGUCAGUUCAGAAUCCCAUUGCCCAUACUAGUCUCAGUUCCUUAGGCGUGUUGGAGUUUUUGCCACAGACUGCAGACUCUCUUCAAAGCUGCGUAAACACAGGUCUCUUUAAUUUAAACUCAUUGGUACACCAAGAUGAUGAGGAACCCAAAAUGAUGGACACAAUAUAGUACUGUUAAGACUGAGGCCAAGUACUUUUAUUACAAAGAAAAGAAUGUGGCUCUUUUCUUGACACUUACUUUUCUGGGUGCUGCACUUUAUUUUUUGUGUUUUGGUUUUUGGAAGGAGGGUAAUCCAGAAACACAUUUGUCAUUUUGUUUGAAAAUGUGCUGCUAGAUUUUUGGUUCUCUUUUAGGAGAGGGGUUCUCAUAUGUUACCGAAUGUGAAACUGGAUGUUGUUUCUGCUACUUAAACUUGCCUUUAUUCUUAAUUUUAGGAAUCAAAGUAUGACAAACAAAUCUGCACAAAUACAAUGUUUACGAGAAGUGGUUGAUUCUAGUUGGAAUCUGCUAUAAUCUUUUAUUAUGGACAUGGAUGUGUCUUGCUCUAUGAAUACUAAAGAUCACAAUUGUACUCAUGCUAUACUGCUGACAUAGUAAGCGCUCAAAUCCAAUUUUAUCAUAUUAAUAGCAAUAAAGCAAAAGCUGAUAUCAUCUUGGAGGCUCAGAUUAAAGCAGUGGUUUUUUUAUCUCUACUGUAGGGAUUAAAAUUUUACUUUAUGCUUUCAGACAAAGGACUUAUUUCUGAUUGUCAAGUUAUGUACAUUUUUAGAGACAAAGUGCAUAAUUGCUUAGUGAGUUUUGAGCCGCAUUUCUAGCAGCAUGGUCACUGAGAAGCUGAUUCAUCUGUCUAACAUUUAGUGUUAACUUAAAAUAUUAAGGUUACUUUACAAAGUUCCAGUGUGAAUAAAUAUUUUGGGUGAGGGAGACUGAGGGUGGGAGAAACAACUUCAGGAUAAGAUUGUACUGCAGCCAGGCUCUCUCCUUCAUACCAGUAACAACGAAAGCCUGAUUGCCAAAGACUGAGUGAACAAUAUUGAUUUUAUAAUUCAGAUUUGUUAUGGUAUUUCAAGCUUUCCUCAGUUUAAAAGGAAGAGAGUUCUGUUUCAAUAUCAGCUGAAUGAUUGAGGCCAAGUGUUUAACUGCUGAGAGUAACAGUAUAUAGGGCAGUAUCUUAAGAGCCCUCUGCUUUAGAGCUCUGCAAAGGUCAAACUCUUUAAUAUUUUCAGAAUUUUGCCGUAACAGUCUUUGCAAUCCAAAACUGCUGCUUUGCUGUAAAAUGAGAAAAUAUCUAGGCAUUUGUGCUGUGGUAUCAGGGAGGGUCAGUCCUACACUGAAACAGCCCAGAUACAUAGAGGCUGUGUACACAGGUGAAAAAACUAUUGAAAACAUUUAGGAAAGCUUAAUAGCAAUGUAUUAGUUUAUAUAUACUUCUUGAGUCACAUUCUCUACUGCUUACUAACCCUUUUGCAUUGCUUAAGUGGCAUAAAGGGGCUGGAAAGCAGCCAGAUUUCCUCAGCCUACAGAAUACCUAGGCUGGUGCAGAACUAGCAUUGCUGGUCAGCUUCCUCUGCAAUCCCUCUGUAGCCACAAGUGAAGGGAGCAAGUUUGAAGAACUACUGUGAUUUGGCUUUUCUUUGCUGGUGGGUGGCCACAGGCGGUAGCUGUACCUUGGAAUGGCCCCUAGUCUGUCCUAAGGCAUGCAGGGGCCAGUGGUGGCACAGAUCCAGUGUCAGAAACGGAACUACUUCUCUGGUCCCCUUCUUUGCCUCUCCUCCUCUCCCCCCUGCCAUGGCCAGCACAAUCUGGGCCUUUGCCUCCAUGUUCUUUGAGGAGCAGGCCAGUCACAUGCUUGGUUAUAGUGUACCUUAAGAGCAUUUCUUCUUCUAAGUACUACAGAACCUUAUGGAUGGGAAUUUCAGGGUGAGAACAGUCAAGCUUCAAAAACAUUUGCUGGGCCUUCAUUGAAAUGUCUGUCAGCUACUAGCAUGAGGGGGCUGAUCUGUGUUUCUGAUAUGGUUGAGAUACAGAAACAACUUUAGUGGCACAUUCUAAUUUUAGGUCUCUCGUACACCAGCCGAAACACUUGUGAUCCCUCUAGCAGUCCCUUACUGAGAGAAGAUAACAGCUCUGAGUGGGCUCUGGCCAAAAGCUGUAAAAAACACGAGUAUAUUCCCGAAUACUAUAAAACCUGUCGUAGCUGAGUAGUGUCAGUGUAAUACAGUGAGGGAAAGAUUGCAAAAGGACAUGUCAUUUCUCUUAUCACUAACUUCCCCCUCAGAAUGACUGCACAGUAUGAGAAGUGACCUAGCUAUGCUGUAGUUCAUCUCCUAAACACAGUUAAUCAUGUAUCCUACAGAAAGAACUGAAGUUCCAUCUGCAGAUGCCUGUUGCUCUGGUAUCUAAGCCCUGAGGUUGUUGCAGGCAUGUGAAGAACAGAACACACUUCUGCUAAAAAUCUCAGGGCCAUCUUGAAGAAAGGGCAGCCAAUAUCCUGUUAUGGAAAGUGAAGAAAUGUGUAUUUAGGCUAGUGCAAAGGUGGGGAGAGCUGUUGCUUUUUGUCUGGAAAUGGUCCAGAAACCCCAGUAAUGCUGGUGUCAAAUGGAAGUAUAGAACAAAUCAAGGUUUUGUAUGGGAAUGCUAAGGCAACUGUCCAAAGGAGUCUAGUCUCCAAGGAACAUGUGUAUGUCUAGAGGUGUCUCUAAGGACAUAAAGGCUGGUGGCUGCAAAAUUUGUGUUUUUUUUUGUU